CAUCAUGGCAGUGGAUGUCCCUGGACUCGUGUCUGUCAUAAUUUUUUAUAUUUUAAUCCUGGGAGUUGGAGUGUGGGGGUCUCGAAAAGCCAAGAAAGUGGAGCAGACAUGUSCUGGACCRGCGAGCGAAAUCUCCAUCAUUGGCGGCCGCAACAUCAGUGUCCUGGUUGGUGUUUUUACCAUGACAGCAACAUGGGUCGGUGGCGGUUACAUUAUGGGAACYGCUGAGACUGUUUAUUCUCCUACUCAAGGUCUUGUCUGGGCACUGGGACCCCCUGCAUUUGCUAUAAAUUUUUUGUUGAGUGGACUGUUCUUUGCAAGGCCUAUGAGGUCAAAGCGUUAUGUGACAAUGCUGGACCCAUUUCAGAUUCGCUAUGGUAACAUAUUCACUGCAAUAAUUAUGCUUCCCGCUUUGUUCAGUGAUGUGUUAUGGGUUGCCUGCAUCCUUGCUGCUUUGGGUGGCACUAUGAGCAUAAUACUUGGAAUAUCUGCUACCUUCUCCAUCAUCAUCUCAGCAGCUGUUUCCAUCACCUACACACUUUUAGGAGGCCUCUACUCAGUUGCAUACACUGAUAUUUUCCAGCUUUGUUUUUUGUUUGUGAGCCUGUGGAUCUGUGUUCCUUUUAUGGUGCUUAGUCCAGCAGUAACUGCCAUCUCACAAACACUCCCACUCAACCAAACACAUGAACAUGCAUGGAUGGGACACCUGGAGCUGGCAGAUGCUGGAAAAUGGGUGGAUGAGAUGCUGCUUCUGGCUUUAGGGGGACUGUCAUAUCAAGCUCUGUACCAAAGAAUACUCUCUGCAGCCUCCUCUGCUCAGGCUCAGGUCACCUGUUUUGCUGCUGCUGGGACAGUUUUUGUCGCAGGAAUCCCCUCAGUUGUUAUUGGUGUCAUGGCUGCGGCUGCAGACUGGAACCAGACUGCAUACGGUCUUCCUCCUCCUUUUGAGCGUGGAGAUGCAGGGAAGAUCCUGCCUCUCUCUCUGCAGCAUCUCACACCCACCUGGGUGGCAGUGCUAGGCAUUGGUUCUGUAGCUGCAGCUGUUAUGUCCUCCAUGGACUCGGYGCUGCUGUCCUCUGCAUCCAUGUUUACACAAAACAUAUACAAGAAGACUUUGAGGAAAACGGCCUCAGAGAGGGAGCUCCAGUGGGUGAUCCGUAUUAGUGUUCUGGUCGUGGGCCUGGCAGGAACAGGUCUGGCUUUUGGAGACGACAGUGUGKYCRCUCUCUGGKUUYUAAGUGGAGAUCUCCUYUACUKUGUGAUUUUCCCACAGCUGCUCUGUGUUCUCCACUUCCRGCGUGCAAAUACUUAUGGUGCAUUUUUUGGCUUUGUGGUGGGUUUGUUGCUGCGUGGACUGAGCGGGGAGCCCAUACUUGGGAUCCCUCCURUUCUCCUGUACCCUGGUUGGAGGGAGGAGAAUAAUGUGAUCAGACAGUACUUUCCUUAUAGAACUGUUGCCAUGCUGUUUUCUGUGGUAAGUAUUCUAGCAGUCUCAUGUCUGCUGAACCUGAUUUUUGAGCACCAACUUAUCCCRCAGUCCUGGGAUUUUCUGCAGGUUUUUAAAAAAAAGAAUGAGACAGAGGAGGAUGAAGCACCUGACCCUUGUGAGGAAAUGAACCAAGUUCUCAAUACUAAAUUCUAAGCUAAA